GAUUGAAUUCCACAAGAAUUCCAUUCACUUGUUGUUGGACAUUUGGUUCAAAGUUCAGUGCACUCGCCGAAUAGCAUUUGGCCAGACAAAUGGGGCUAACAGCAACACAGGCCAGGCGAGAAAGUGUCCAUGUCGCUUAAUGUCAACAUGCAGCUCAAUUAAAAUCAAUAGAGCCGAGUCCUUGCCAUCCCGCAGGCAACCAUUUGGCACACGACCAGCUCUUGGCCAGUUGCAGUUGGUAGCGCAAAGUGUUUGGUUCAACAUGGAAUUGGGACACAAAUUAAUUGUUUGGAUUUUACCGCUAUUUUUUCUGGGAUUUCUGCUCACGAUGAGCGAGGCAUAUUUGCAAAGUGUGCGUGUGGAGGAGAUUCCAUUCAGGAGAAUGCCACCACGUUCAGCGAACCUUACAGCCAAAUCCAAAAGCAGUCGACCCAGUGGAAUUCAUCUCGUCUCCAGUCUGGACUAUCAGCGCACCUUUCUCCAUCUAUUCCAUGUGCCCUAUAUUAUUUGUUUCUAUGCCGCCAAGGGUAAGUGGCCCUAUGUGCCGGGUUUUAUGAAAGAUCGUGUGGAUAGCGCCUCGAAGAAUUUCUUCCUUCAAAACGACAGCUAUAUAAAGCAAUUUUGCACCAAGUGGAUACAGGUGAAAGAAUGUUUUAGACCAAUUUUUGAUAAAUCGAAUGAUUCAGAUGUGGAAACAUUGGAUGUACAGAAACUGGAGGGUCAGCGUUGUAAUUGCGACAAGUUGGUUUCGACGGAAUCGCCAGUGCCAGUUGUGUAUUUCGACAAAAACUACAUUGGAAAUGUGAGCUCGGAGACUAUUUUGACAACCAUCGAUUUUCUCAAGAGUUUUCUGCCUCCGCCCACAAAAAAGCAUAAACGCAAGAAUCGCGUACGCGGACGCUUAGAUGAAAUGGACAUUGAAUAGAAUGUAUCUAUUAUUAACUAUUAAUUAAUCAUAUAAAACACAUAAUUUUUACAAAUUACACAUUAAAGCACAACUCGGUCAGAUUUAAAUAUACGAUAAAGA